GGGUAUAUGUGUUCCGAGAAGCCGGUCAGCGGUCUUCCUUUUCCAAGAUGUCGGUGUACGGGCCAGUGGUGAAAAUUCAUCCAGUCGUUCUCGCUUCUAUCUGCGACUCUUACGAGCGAAGAAAUGAAGGAGCGAGUCGUGUUAUCGGGACCCUGUUGGGCACCACUGACAAGCACUAUAUUGAGGUGACCAACUGCUUCUCUGUCCCCCACAAUGAGUCUGAAGAUGAGGUUGCUGUGGACAUGGAGUUUGCUAAGAACAUGUAUGAGCUCCACAAGAGGGUGUCACCCACUGAGGUGAUCAUUGGAUGGUAUGCCACAGGCUUUGACAUCACAGAACACUCUGUGCUCAUCCACGAGUACUACAGCCGUGAGGCCUCCAACCCCAUUCACCUGACCAUGGACACAGCACUGCAGAGUGGCAAGAUGAACAUCCGUGCCUACGUCAGUGCGCAGAUGGGUGUGCCAGGAAAGACAGUUGGUGUGAUGUUCACCCCACUGACUGUCAAGUAUGUCUACUAUGACACUGAGAGGAUAGGCGUGGACCUUCUACAGAGGACACGUGUAACUCCCAGUCGCACCAAGGGGCUGACCUCUGAUCUGUCCCAGGUGGCUGGCUCUGCAGCCAGGGUACAGGACAUGCUGACCACCGUGCUUGCAUACAUUGAGGAUGUGCUGUCCGGCAAAGCGACAGCAGAUAACAGCGUGGGCCGCUUUCUGAUGGACCUGGUCAACAAGGUGCCCACCAUCUCAGCCGAGGACUUUGAGAACAUGCUCAAUUCCAACAUCAAUGACCUGUUGAUGGUGACCUACCUGUCUAACCUCACCCAAGCACAGAUUGCUCUAAAUGAGAAGCUGGUGCUGCUCUGAGGGGGAUUUCUUUAAAGUGGUUCAUAUUUAAUUUUUGUAUUUUUUUUUUUUUUUUUGGCUGAGAUGAAUAAAGAUGUUAAACAGUCAUACAUUGUUCACCCUUGGUAAUAUUGUAAUGACAAAUAAUGCAAUUUGGUUUCUCACAAAUGGCUAGUGAACAUUACGGGAAGGGUUGUAUUGCUAAUGUAAUUUGGCUUUUUGAAUAAAUACUCCAGUGUCACAUAUUAUACAGCUCACAUUUACAGAUAUUAACUCCUUGUGGUGCAGCCUUUAUGAUGUUUGACAUAAUAUUGAGAUGUAUUAAAAUGUUGAUUUUUA